CUUCCUCCCACAUCUUCUUCUUUAUGUUUUUGUCACUAUACUCGUCUAAUAACUUAUUCCACAAAGAUGGCCUUUCUUUAAUAGCUAAAAUGAACCUUUCGGUAUCAAAUUCAACCUCAGCCAUUUCAAAUCUAAAACUUAACCUCAAACAAGACUCACCUCGACUGUAUCUGGCCGCGCACUGGUCGCUUGACAGUGCGCGUUGUCUCAUCUAACUGCGUGUUUUCAUUGGCCGCGUAAAAACAUGUGGCCGCGGCGGCCAAGACAGAAAAUUCUGGUCGCGGCGGCCAGGUGGCCGCGUCGUGGCCGCAACCGCUUGGUGCGUGUUGUUACAAUGGGUGAAGUGAAUAAAGCUGAGCAAAUGCUCUUUCCUCCAAAAUAUGAGUACGUACUCCGGUUUCAUGUGAAUAAAAAGAACUUGCUCAGUGGAGGCUCGGAGCACUUUCUCAUGUUGACGACUAAACAAUUGACUUGGAGUAUCUACUCACCUUUUUAGGUGAAUAAAACUAGGCACUUGCUCCAAAAUGUGAGCAGGUACUCCAGAAAUUACCGAUCUACUCAUUAGUAGAUACAACUUGCUCAAGUAAAGACGUUCAAUCUUGUGAUGGCAGAGUUUUUACCUUUUCGUGUUGUAAAACUUUACAGAGUGCGUCGGGAAUCUCUACAGCAAGACUAUCGAGCUCUUUAUCGUUUUAAUAAAAUGAAUUUUGAGUGGAUUAGUGAUCAUUUUCUUGGGGAAAACUUUGAAAGGCGUGGUGGUGCGUUGUCCAAUUUGGACAGAAUGGGUACUUUUCUUCGAUAUGUUGGUGAUCCUGGGUCUCCGAGUGGUGUUGCCGAAGAUGUUGGUAUCGACAGAACUACAGUCUCAAAAACCAUUUCAGAUGUAAUGGCAGCUAUAUUACUGAAGAAAAACGUAUGGAUAAAAUUUCCUUCUACAAGAGAAGAAAUGGAACAACAAAAAGCCAAUUGGCAAGAAAAAUACAGAUUUCCUUCAGCCAUUGGAGCUGUUGACUGCACUCAAAUACCUAUACGCAAGCCUUCUGAUCAUAGCGAUGAAUAUAUAAAUAGAAAGGGGUUUCCAAGUAUAAAUGUGCAGGCAACUUGUAAUUUUGCUGAAGAGUUCACAAGCGUAGAUGCUUCUUGGCCAGGUUCAGUGCAUGAUGCACGAAUUUGGAGAAAUUCAGAUAUUUACAGAAUUAUGGAAUUCAAUGCACUCCUAAUUGGAGAUUCACAGUAUCACAGAUUCACUCCAAUCCAUCACAGGCCUUACCUUGAACAUGAUACAGACAGGAACCACAUUGUCACCACAACUUCAGCUUCUUUGUGGUUUAAGGAUAUUUCGUACAGGUUCUUACCAGAAAGGUUUUUUUCUAUUAAUGCUCAAAUAUGUGAUGCUGAUAUGAAAAUAAUGAAUGUUGUAAGUCGAUGGCCAGGUUCGACCCAUGAUGCUAGGAUUUGGGACAAUAGUGUUGUUGCUGCAAGAUUUGAAGCUGGUAUAGGCUAUAUGAUGGUUUACUUGUUGGUGAUAGUGGAUAUGCGUUGUCACUCAAGCUGAUGACUCCAGUAUU